UGGUACAACAAAUAAUCAUAUUUUUACGACAACAUUUAGUUUUCGAUAAUAAACGUAUCUUUGUACAUUGCUUGUGCUAGCACAUCGGAAUAUCCAAAGAUGAGGUCGUACUUUGUUUAUGCCCUAGCUUUGGGCGCCCUUGUGGCAUUUAAUUUCGGUCUAAAUACAGUUAGUUUUGUAGCUUCCAGGGAAUUUGCUGUUAUGGACCUCGGAUGGUGCACUGGUGAAGCUAAACUUUAUGAAUGUUCCCGUGCUUCCACUUACAGUGACAUUAUAGCUGCAGGUACCUUCAUUGGCGGUGCUGUAGGUUCGCUUUUAAUUGGUUACUUUGCUAAAUUCGGCCGUCGUAAGGGUAUGUUGAUUAUUCACAUCAUUAACGUUAUUGGAUCUUGUAUGUCUACAGCUGCUUCCUGCUUCACCAUGUUCCUUUUGGGCCGUUUGAUUGCAGGUGUUUCUGUUGGUGCUUCCGGUGUUGUUGCCAUAUACCUGUCGGAGAUUUGUACCAAUGAAUCUCGUGGUAAAUUCGGUAUCGUCUACCCCCUGUUCAUUUGUAUCGGACAAUUCCUCAUGGUUGCAUGGCAGCUACUACACGGCCGUAUUUUGGGUGCCGAUGGCGCUGCUGUGACAAUGGAUGACCUUAAAACAUUCGACAAGUUCGUCUGGAGGAUGGCUCAGUUCUGGCCUGUUGUGUUCAGUAUAAUAGCUGUCGUUAUUAUGGUAUUCAUUGUCACGGAUGACACCCCUUACGUGCUACUGAACGAGGGUAAGGAAGAAGAGGCUAGGAGCGUAAUUUCCAAGCUUCACGGUGAGGAGAAUGCUGAUGCUAUCACUGCUGAGUUGAAGGCCGAUAUCGAGGCCCAGAAGGCUAACUCUGACAAGUUGAGCUUAUUAGAGGCUCUCAAGGUUGCUCAGUAUCGUAAAGUUAUCUUCAUAUGCUGUGGUUUAGGUAUCGUGCAACAGUUUUCGGGUAUUAACAUUUUCGUUGCCAAUGCCUCUACGCUUUUCAUUAGUAUUAUGGGCCGUACCGUCAUCGCCAAUGUCAUGGGUCUUAUCGGUAUCCUCUGUCUUAUGAUAACCAUGAUAUCUCUUUCAUUUUUCAUUGAGAAAUUCGGCCGCAAGACAUUGUUACUUGCUGGUAUUCUUGUUUCAUCCGUUUUCAUGGUCCCCGCUGUGAUUAUCAAGAUAGCUGCUGGUAAAGAGGCUAAAUGGGCUGAAUACAUCAUGGUCACAGGUUGUAUGGGAUUCAUGGUUGGUUUUGCUAUAGGUCUCGGUGGUGUCAUGUGGCUAUACCUUGCUGAGGCUAUGGGCGCUGAGUACAAGGACGCUGGUUUCGGUCUUGCUACAUGCGCGAACUGGCUUUUCGCAGCUAUCGUUGUGAUGACUUCGGGUAUGCUUAUCAAAUUUAACGAAAACUUCACAUAUGCGUUAUACGCUGGAUUCGGUGUGCUCGGCUUCGUUUACGUUACUUUUUUGAUCAAGGAAACCAAGGACAUCCCUCUUGGUCAGGCUUACGCAUAAGCUAUUAGUAUCACUAAAGGCCUUCUACCUGCAUAAAUAGCGGUUAUCGGCCACAUA